UGACGGAGCCACUCCCAUUACUCCGUCACAUCCUGAAUACUUCUGCUUCUCUGGUCCUUCAGAAACGAAAACACUGUGAGACAGGAAAGUAAUUCUUUUCUGGACAAUUUUUUCUUUCUUUUUUCUUACACGACGAUUAGAAUAAGUGCGCGUCCAUAGCCCUCGUGAGAAAGUAGAGAUAGAACGUGAUCAUGUGAGUGCUUGUGUACUUUGCUCGUGAACUUGACUGACAUAGUCUUGUCUCUAUUUUUUUUUCUCAAGAUUUGAUAAAAUUUCCAUGACAUUAUGCUUCUCACCGGUAUAUUCUUCAUAUUGGUGAGUCAGACUAGUGACGGAGGGAAAGUGUCUCUGACUGACUCGGAGGUUGGUCGGAAAAAUUUAACCUGGAACCAGAAAGUUGAUGUUCGCGAGAACUUCAGAUCUCGUACGGCUGCUCUACACACAAAACUCGAGGGCGAAGAGAAAACGGCAAGCUUCCGUGUGUUCGAAGGCAGUGGCUAUGGCAGUAGUGGCAGUGACGAUGACGAAGAAAAUGAUUUUAUUAUGGCGCAGCAUCUCAGCGAAAGUAAUGGGAAUAGCUUUAACAAAGCGUAUGAACUGGAUACAUGCAGCAUUCCGGACAAGGACGACCCGGGGAAAGUGGUGUGCAAUUUUACCAAUAUUCCGCAGAUUCCCAGUCGCCUGCCUCAAAGUCUGUACAGGCGAGUGAGCCUUACUGAACUUUAUGUAUAUGGAUCGAGGAAACUUCACUUCAGAACUCUGUGCUUAGAGGAGCUUCAGUUCAUUAAUUGCCGAGACGUAGAUGCGAUCGACUACCGUUCUGCUGGGACGUGCGGGGUCCCGUUGGAUUCCCUGCAGCUUUCGAAUUCUCGAGUCGGCGCCAUCACGGGGAACUUCAACAAAGUUAUAGUCAACAACAGUGUAGUUGGCAGCCUCGAAAUGUCUCUGACCUCGAAAUCCAAGUACAUCCUUGUUAAUGCUUCGGACAUAAUUACCUUGCGGGGGCUUACGACUGGCCUAUUUAAUCAUUUCUGGAUAUCACAGACGCGGGUCAGAACAACUCUCGGAGGUGGGCUGACCGUAAACAAUUCCCACUUCCGCUCCCGCCCCAGCAACAUCGAAGCAGCCAACUUCGAGUCGAUCGAACCCGGCGGCAUUCAGGUUCGGUCUGGAAGACUCCGGAUGCUGAAUGUCACCAUAGGUCACCUGGGGGAUGGAGGACUCGAAAUCCUGGGGUCGGCAGAGGUCAGGAUGGUACACGUUACGAUCAAGAACUCCUCCUUCGAGGGGAUCAGUCUCAAGGGCCUGAGCGCGGUGUUGUACAUGCAGAACCUCGAACUCAACGGCGUCGUUCUGAGCGUGCGAUUCGUCAGCAAGUCUCCUGAACCCUUCAUUUUCCAUCCGAUGCGGCUCUUCCUUCACCAGGCGAGUCUCUUCGACACAGCAGUUACCAAGGUGCUUUGCGCGCUUGCAUUUACUUCCGGCGUCCUUGCAGGAGCGCUGGUGACUUACUGCUGUUGCUUGAGGAAAAAAGGGACCACCAAAAUACAUAUUACCGAACCUCCCCAGAACAAAUCUCAAAGUGUAGAAGAUACAGCUGGAGGAGGAGGGGGAAGAGGAAGGGGCGCAGAGACAAGCGACACUGCAGCAUUUCGCAGCGCCCAAGUACUCAGGGCUGAGGCCGAGCAGGAGCCGAUAUAUGGGAACAUCAGACAGCCGCUCUGCCAGGCCAGGGAUAGAGAGCCAAUUGGCACAGAUAAAAAUAAAGAACCACUCUAUCAAGACACAUAUAACGAAGCCCUCUACCAGGACACAAGCAGAGAACCAGUCUACCAGGACACUGGGAUAGAACCACUCUACCAGGAUACAAGUACAGAAUUAGGCAUCCAAAGCAAAACAGGUAGAACACCAAUCUACCAGGACAAAGGCAAAACACCAGUCUAUCGAGACGCAGGUACACCACCAAUCUAUCAGGACACAGGCAGAACACCAGUCUACCAAGAUGCAGGUACACCACCAAUCUACCAGGACACAGGCAGAACACCAAUCAACUGGAAGACAGGUGGGGUUGAAAAAACACACCCUCAAGACGAGCAGGACAGAUCAGCUAAUGAAGAACCCAUCUAUGGUAAUGUUGAGCAAGAGCCGAUCUAUGGAAAUAUAGGAACAGAUACCCAUUCAGGACCUUUGGCUUGUGAAGAUGACUGUGGCGAGGCGAUAUAUGCGAAUUUCUCCGUGGACGAAGAAAUUUACGCAAAUAUUUAAAGGACUGUUUUUUUGCCGGAACUGUUAGAUAUGUUUUAGUUGUAAAUAUACGUACAAAUAAAUAAAAAACAGAAAGUGG